GAGACAGAGAGAGAGAGAGAAAGAGCAAGCCACUGGAGAAGCUUUACACCUGAAGUGCGCCAUGGAGGCAAUAGUUCUAUACCCAUCACCAGCCAUCGGCCACCUGAUCGCUUUGGUCGAGCUGGGAAAGCUUGUUCUCACUUUGAAACCUUCACUCUCCAUUCAUAUCAUCAUGACCACUGCACCUUACAACGCCGGCGACACCUCCGCCUACAUCGCCAGCGUCUCCGCCACCACUCCUUCCAUUACCUUCCACCACCUCCCGCCCAUCUCCCUCCCUCCUGAGCUCUUGACCGCCUCGGUCCACCACGAAGCCCUAAUGUUCGAAGUCCUCCGCAUUAACAAACCUAUUGUGGCUGAAACUCUGCGUUCCAUCUCUCAAAACCACACCGUUCAUGCUUUCAUCAUGGACUUCUUCUGCGCUAGCAUUAUCAAUGUCUUCUCCUCCGAUCAACAACUCAAAACUAUCCCUACUUACGUCUUUAUCACCUCGGGUAUCGGUUUCUUAGCAUCUUUCCUUUACUUUCCAACCCUUCAUGAAACCAUCCAGAAGAGCUUCAAAGACCUUAACAACGCUCUUCUAGACAUCCCCGGAUUGCCGCAAAUUCCUUCCUUUGAUAUGCCAAAACCACUUCUAGACCGCACUGAUAACGCCUAUAAAUACUUUCUCGAGUCCACUACCUACUAUCCAAAAUCAGAUGGAAUCAUCGUAAACAGUUUUGAGUCAUUAGAGCCUCGAGCCGUCAAAGCCAUAUUGGACGGAUUAUGCGUGCCGGACGCUCCCACGCCUCCAUUAUACUGUAUUGGACCAUUGAUUACCGCAAAAGGGAAAAAAGGAACAGAAUUCGAGUCCUUAAAAUGGUUGGACGCGCAACCAAGAGAAAGCGUGGUUUUUCUUUGUUUUGGAAGCUUAGGCUUGUUCUCGAGAGAGCAACUUAAGGACAUAGCGGUUGGCUUGGAGAGGAGCGGUCAGAGGUUCUUGUGGGUGGUGCGAAAUCCGCCUCCGAAGAAAGACCAAAGCGUGGUGAUCUGGGACUCACCGGAUCCGGACUUGGAUUCGUUACUCCCACAAGGGUUCUUGGAUCGGACAAAAGGCAGGGGAUUGGUGGUGAAGAACUGGGUCCCCCAGGUGGAGCUACUGAAUCAUGGCUCGGUGGGAGGGUUCGUGACUCACUGCGGAUGGAAUUCCGUGUUGGAAUCGAUCUGCGCCGGCGUGCCGAUGGUGGCGUGGCCAAUCUAUGCGGAGCAGAGGUUCAACAAGGUAGUGCUUGUUGAGGAAAUCAAGAUUGCUUUACCCAUGAACGAGUCGGAAGACGGGUUUGUGCGUGCCAGUGAAGUUGAGAAGCGGGUAAUUGAGUUGAUGACGAGCUCAGAAAGCAGUGACUCAGUUCGGAAGCGCGCAUUAUCAAUGAAGGAUGAAGCCAGAGCUGCUCUGAGCGACGGUGGCUCGUCCCGAGUUGCGUUAACCAAACUCAGUGAGCUGUGGAAGCGUGGCUGAGUUGUCAGAUAUUGGG